AUCAUGGCUGUUACUUCCAUGCAGAGCAUUUGUUAAUGAUGAAGAGUUUAACCGUGCUUGCCCCCUUAAUCUUGUGUGUUACUUUACUAUUUUCUUCUCUUAAUGUCGCUUCUGAUUCUGCAGCAGAAGCAUUGGCAAUCCUCAAAUGGAAAGCCAGCCUUCAAAGCCAAAACCAUUCUGUUUUGCUUUCCUGGAAUACAUCCAACGACCCAAAUACCAAAACAAGUCCUUGUGCUUGGUUUGGAAUUCAUUGCAACCAUGCUGACAGUGUUACUAAGAUUAACCUCACUGGCUAUGGUGUAAAAGGUACGCUCCAUUCAUUUCCAUUCUCGUCUUUGCCUAAUCUUGCAGAGUUGGACCUUAGCACCAAUGAACUUUAUGGCAUAAUCCCACCUAAAAUCAGUCAGCUCUCCAAACUCACCUACCUCGAUUUAUCCGAUAACCAGUUCUCUGGCCAAAUCCCACCUGAAAUUAGCCACCUUGUACAUCUUCAGACCCUCCAUCUUGCUGGAAAUCAGUUGAACAGCUCAAUUCCUCGAGAAAUUGGUCAGCUCAAAUUUCUCACUGACCUUGCCUUGUGUAGCAACAAGCUAAAUGGUUGCAUUCCUGCUUCUCUCGGUAAACUAAGUCGACUUGUUUCCUUGCUUCUCUAUAAUAAUUCCCUUUCUGGUCCCAUUCCUCCAGAAUUGGGAAACCUUAGGAAUUUAGUUGAAGUUUACCUGGACACCAACCGUCUAACUGGUCCCAUCCCUUCCACAUUUGGAAACUUGAAAAAACUGACGGUGCUUCAUAUGUUUAACAAUAGUCUUUCAGGUCCCAUCCCCUCUGAGUUAGGGAAUAUGGAAUCUCUUUCUGAAAUAAGCCUUUAUCACAACAAUCUAUCUGGCUUGAUCCCAACCUCAUUUGGUGACUUGAGACAUCUUACAGUUGCCCACCUUUAUGAAAAUCAACUCUCUGGGCCAAUUCCUGAGGAGAUAGGAAACUUGAAUUCUCUUGUUGACCUGGAGUUGAGUGAAAACCAACUCAAUGGCUCUAUUCCUGCUUCACUUGGCAGUUUGAGCAACUUGGAAAUUCUGCAUCUCCGAGACAACCGACUCUCAGGUUCCAUUCCUAAUGAAAUCGGAAACUUGAUGAAGUUGAUCGUGUUAGAACUAGACCACAACAAUCUGACAGGAAAUUUGCCGCAAGGCAUUUGCCGUGGUGGAUCACUUGAAAACUUCACAGCAGCAGACAACCAGCUUACCGGGCCAAUCCCUCAAGGGUUGAAAAAUUGCACUAGCUUGAAGAGAGUCUACCUUGAAAGAAACCGACUCAGAGGAAAUAUAUCUGAAGAUUUAGGCGUUUACCCAAACCUAAGAUUCAUUGAAUUAAGUGACAACGAACUUUAUGGUGAAGUGUCUUCCAAUUGGGGAUUGUGCAGAAGCUUACAGAGCCUAUCUAUUGCAAGGAACAAUCUCAGUGGCACAAUACCAGCUGAGAUUGGAAACUCACGUCAGAUACACAGGCUUGAUCUUUCUUCAAAUCAUUUAGUUGGGGAGAUUCCAAAGAAAAUUUCAAAGUUGACAUCUUUGCUUUAUCUUUUUUUGAAUGGGAAUCAACUUUCUGGUAGUGUACCCUUGGAACUAGGACUUAUGUCCAAGCUUUUGUAUCUAGAUUUGUCUGCAAACCAAUUGAGCAAGUCCAUCCCUGAAACUAUUGGGAAUCUGUCCAUGUCAUUCUACUUGAAUUUGAGCAUCAAUCGGUUUAGCCAAAGAAUUCCAAUUCAAGUAGGCAAGUUAACUACCUUGGUUCGACUAGAUUUGAGUCACAACAUGCUUUCAGGGGAGAUUCCAGGGGAAUUUCGAAGUUUGCAGAGCUUGGAGACACUAAACCUUUCUCACAAUAAUCUCUCUGGUGAAAUACCAUCCUCUUUGGAGAAGCUCCGAGGCUUGUACACUGUUGACAUUUCAUAUAAUGAACUCCAGGGUCCCAUUCCCAACUGCCAAGCAUUUCUAAAUGCUUCAGGACAAGAAUUGGGAGGGAACAAAGGAUUAUGUGGCAAUGCUAGAGGAUUACCGCCUUGCACACCUUUUUCUAAGAAGGGUCACAACAACAACAAAACCAUUUUAGUAGUUAUGUUCUCUCUUUUAUCGGUUUCUUGUCUCUUGAUUUCAUCAAUUGCUUUGUUGUUUGCCUUCAAGAAGAGGAAGAAAGAUGCAGAUGAAGGAAGGCAAAGCAAUGCAAGUGAUGAGAUAUUUUUCUCAUUAUCUCCCUUUAAUGGAAGAAAAUUGUUUGAAGAGAUCAUUAGAGCUACCAAAGAUUUUGAUGCUCAAUAUUGCAUUGGGAAGGGAGGAUAUGGAAACGUAUACAAAGCAGAGCUGUCAUCAGGAGAUGUUGUAGCUGUGAAGAAAUUCCAUCUGUUGCAUACCAGUGAAAUGGCAGAUCAAAGACAGUUCCUAAAUGAGGUUAGGGCAUUAGUAGAAACAAGACACAGAAAUAUUGUGAAGUUCUAUGGUUUUUCUUCCUCUGCAGGUCAUUCCUUUUUAGUAUACAAGUAUCUUGAAAGGGGUAGCUUGGCUUCUGUUCUCAGUAAGAAUGAAGAAUCUAAGAAAUUGGACUGGAACAAUAGGGUGAAUAUUGUCAAAGGUGUUGUUAAUGCCCUCUCCUAUUUGCACCAUGACUGUUCACCGCCCAUUGUUCAUCGAGAUAUAACAAGCAACAACAUUUUGCUUGAUUUGGAGUAUGAAGCUCACCUUUCAGACUUUGGCAUUGCUAAGCUUCUCAAUCCAGACUCAUCCAAUUGGAGUAAUAUUGCUGGAACAUACGGAUACAUUGCACCAGAGCUUUCCUACACCAUGCAAGUUACUGAAAAAUGUGAUGUGUUUAGUUUUGGUGUGCUGGCAUUGGAAUUGAUAUCCGGGGCAUAUCCGGGUGAAUUUCUCUCUAAUCUAUCAAUUGUAACAGCAGAAAGCAUUCCACUAAACAAUGUGUUGGAUCAAAGGCUUUCGCCUCCUCCGCCAGAAGUUGUGAACAAACUCGUAUUCAUCCUGAACCUGGCUGUUUCAUGUUUAGAUAACAAUCCAAAAUCUAGGCCAACCAUGCACACUGUUUCUCAGCUGGUGUUCGACCACAUCUAGUCCCUUGUAGGUCCCUUUGAUCUUCAUCUAAUAUACCACCUUGGAAAUGUUUGGUAUUGCUCUAAUGUUGUUUCUUUUAGCUUUCGUGUAGUAAUCAUGGGUGAAUAGAUUAGCAUUUUUAUACCCGUAAUUACCUUUUCCAUGAAAAUUGCUACUAGCUUGUUGGUAAUGCAACAAGAGUUGUUUCCGAUAUUUGUCUGUAACAGUUUAUCAUAAAUUAUAUUCUAGUAUUAUCUUUUCAAAG